UCCCGAAUGAUGGCUUGUACUUAUCUUUUUCGAUAAUAAAAUAAAUAUAUGUAUACAUAUUCGAGUGAAAAAUAAUAAGAAAGAGAAUCACAUAACAAUUAGCAGUUUAACAAUGUCAACAUCACAAAGUCCAGCUGUAUUCAAUGGAGAAGUUGACAAUUUUUAUGAUCAAAAUUAUGAAAUGAGUAAUAAAAUGAGAUUACCAAAAACAUUGAGGGUUGGUGAUGAAUUUAAAGAUGAUUCUACUGCAAAUGACUCUUGGACGCAACCAAGACCUAAUCAAGUUUUUGAUAUGCAUAUGCCUGAUAGAAUUCUUGUUGUUGGACAUGAUCAACAUGUUGGAUUAAAAGCUCCACCUAUUGAAAUGACACUGGAAAAUUCAGUUAUCCCACCGGAACACACAAUGACCAGAGUCCAGACUCCGCCAAGAAUUUUAACGCUAGGUGAUCAUUUUUUUCCAACAUUUGAUGAUGAAAAUGACGAUUAUCCAAAUACAAUAGCUGUAAAUUCAACACCUCCAGUUACAAAUGGACCUUUUGUUAGUGACACACAAAUAGUUAGACGUAAUGUAAGAGAACAAACGCCAGUUUGGAAUAGUACUCUUGAUGUUUCGCUGCCGCAAUCGGAUGAAAUUCAACAUUUACGACGUCAGCUGGGGAAGCUCAAUCGUCGAGUGAUGGCUGUAGAAUCUGUUCUGUACCAACGUCAACAACGUGAUAAAUAUAUUUAUGCUGUCACUGUUGCCUAUUUUAUAUUCAAAGCAUUUAAUUGGAUCACUAGAAAUUAAACUUUCAAUCAAUAUAAUUUUUUUUUGAUUUUUAUUAAUAUCAGAAGCGUAAGAUAAUUGCAAGAGUAUAAAAAAAAUUGUUUUUUUUUUUGUUUAUUCAAUUGAGAAUUAAUUUACCAACUCGUAGAAUGAUUUUUUAUUAGAUUUUUUUUUUACUUUUUGAUUGUGUGUUGAAUUAUGAAUAAAUAAAAAUGCGUAGAAUUUAUCAAUACUGGAAAAUUAGAAUCUUGUAUUGAGUUGAUGAAAUUAAGUAAAUUUUGAUUUUUUUUUGUUUUAAAAAAUAAAACAGCUCGUAAAUUGUCUUGAAGCUAAUUUUACAUAGAGCUUGUACAUAUUACGUUUAUAAUUGUAGUUAAUGGUAAAAAGAAAACAAUAGGUUUAAAAUGUUGGAUAUCAUUUUUAAAAAAAAUAGCCAUAAUUAUUUCAACAAUAUAACACUAUGCAAUUAUCCAAUUAAAAAUUUAAUUAAUUGUUGUGAAUUUAAUAAAUUAUGAUAAUUCUAAUAUUGAUUUUAUUGAAAUAAAAAU